AUGGACGUUUGUGACUAUAUCGAGUUCGGUCUCCCCGGAUCCGUGCUGUACCGGGGCUUUCUCCUGUCGGACCCUCCCGCUUCCGCUACCUCCACCGCACCUGGUGUUGUUACCGCGUCCAACAAGUCGCAGUCUUCGCCUUCACCUUCGCCUUAUUCGAUUAUUCAGUCUGGGCAAGAUCAAGAGGACACCACGAUCAUCCACCCGAUCUCCACGUGGUAUGACGUUCCGAUUCGCCCUGCUAACUCAGGUUUGUCGCACGGCGGCGGCGGCCUGGAUGGGCUUAUGGCGGGCGACUGCGUUUCCAUGGUGUGCUGCACGCCGCGUAACUCGUGGGUGCAAAUCGGGGCGGCUUGCAACGAGGUGUGUCACCCUCUGCGCGUUCGCCAGGUGGACGGUUUGCCCUCUCAUUACAGUCACAAUCUCGAUUGGAACCUCGGGAUCAUCCCGCAGACGUGCUCGUGCCGCCAAGGCGACAACGGAGUUCCCCAGUCUGGAUCUGGCGACAAGGCAUGCGACGCGGCGACAUGCGCGACCAUGUGCGACAAUGCAUGCGAGAGGGGGAGCGACCAACACGCGCCGUUGGAGGUGAUCGAAAUCGGAAGCGGGGAGGCUCGAGUGGGGCAGGUGUAUCUGGUGAAGCCGCUGCUCGCUUUCCUCGUCGUCAGCCCCGAUCUCAAGUCGUCCUGGAAGAUCGUGGCCGUCGAUUCUUCGGAUCCGAUGGCUGAGACGUUGCUGGAUUCGCGAAGUGGUUACCCGACCCUUUACUACCCCACCCCCCCACCCCACAACCCUCGUCCAGUCGAUCUGCCCAGCACCAUCGCGGGUCGUGAGAAGCCAGUGCCCUUGCAUCGCACCUAUUAUCCUCCCCUCGCCCUCAUCCCGCCCUCGUCCCUCCCCACCCCUCCCCACCCCUUCUCACUUCUUCCCCCCUCCCUUCCAGUCGAUCCGCCCAGCACCAUCGCGGGUCGUGAGAAGCCAGCGCCCUUGCAUCGCACCAUCGCCGCCAUCAGCGCCGCCCAUGCCGCCUGGACGCACUGCCGCCGCUACAGCAGCAGCAGCGCCAGCAGCACCAACACUACGAGCAGCAGCAUUCCCAGGGACGGAGUUUCACUAAAGGAUCUGAGGCAGCUCGCAGAGCAAACGGCCUCUGCUGCUCUCACCAACGCCAUCUCUGAAUUCGCCCGCGUGCCCUUCGCCCAACCUGCCUCCUUGCCUGUCGCCACUGCAGAUGGUGCUUCUGUUGCCGAACCUGUGGGCCAGCAGGUUCGGAAGCAACGCCUGUUCCGAAGGUCAGGCUCGGAGCCAGGCUGGUGUGGCAUGCGGAAGAAGGAGAUUUCAUUUAGAAUUGACGAGCGAGCGGAUGAUUCAAGUGAGACUGAUGGUGGGGGUGGGGAUUGGGGGAGAGGAGACGAAGAAGGAUGGCAAGUGUAUGAUGAUGUGGAACAACAGCAGAAGCAGCAGCAGGCGCAGAAGCAGGGAGGGUUGGCGCGUAUGAAAGUGCGGUGGCAGCAGCAGUGGCAACAGCAGCAGCAGCAGCAGCAGCAGCAGCAACAGCAGCAGCAGCAGAAGCAGCAGCAGCAGCAGAAGCAGCAGCAGCAGCAGCAGCAGCAGCAGCAGCAGCAGCAGCAGCAGCAGCAGCAGCAGCAGCAGCAGCAGCAGCAGCAGCAGCAGCAGCAGCAGCAGCAGGAGAAGCAUCCGCAGCAGAAGGGGAAGCAGCAACAGCAGGAGGGGAAGCAGCAGCAGCAGGAGCAGCUGGAGGAGCAGGGGAAACAGACACAGCAGCAGGUGAAGCUGCAGCAGGAGGGCAGGAAGUUGACGAGGCACUGGCGAUCCUCCUCGUCUUGUGCUCUUGAGAUCCCUACAGGAAUGCUGCUAGACUCUCCCUCACCCUUGCAUCGUUCCUCCUCUUCCCUCCUCCGCCAACCCCGCACCUUGACCCGCUCCACCUCUGCUUUCCUGCGCCAACCCCUCACGCCCUCCCCCUUGCCGCGUCCCCCUUUGCCGCCUCUCACCCCUCGCCCCCCCCCGCAUGCCUUCUCUGCCACCUCCUCCUCCUCCUCCUCCCACAGGCAAGCGGCCUCAAGAUCUGUGUUUUGCCACCUUGUUGAAUCUGAUCAAGUGGUGGAUCAAGGGGUGGGUGAAGCGCCCAAGGCGGGUCAAGUAGACAUUCAGAGAAGCAGACACGGCCGAUCACGCAGCAGCAUCAGCUUCAGCUUCAGUGGGACCAACAGCAACGUUGGGUGUUGUGGUAGUGAGACUCCCAAUGCAAUCCGCAGCAGCAGUAGCAGCAGCAGCAGCAGCAGCAGCGUCAGCAUCACCAACAACAGCUGGCAGUUGGGUCGAUCGGCUUCUCUUCACGUCCUCAUCCCGCCUCCUCUCAUGGACGCCCCAUCCUCAACCCCUCCCCAGGCAAUUCCUUCCUCUUCUCCCAAUUCCGCCUACCCUCCCUUGAAACCUCCUCCUGGUAUGGCCUCUCCGUCGCUCUCUUCCCUACCCUCUCCCGUACCCUCUCCCAUGCCCACUGAUAGAGGAGGGAUGUACGACUUUCGGCGGUCAAUCUCCGCUCAGACCGAACGGGAGUCCCAAAAACCACCUGCCAGGGCUGGGAGGCUGGAAAGGUCUGGCAAGUCAGGGGGGCUGGGCGCAGAUCUGCUGUCUGACACACCGAAAGAGCGUGCCGGUCUGCCCAAGACGCCGAGGGCAGGAACCGAUCUUCCUGGAACCUCCAAGGGACGCAGCGGGCUGCCGAAAACGCCGAGAACGUCGAGAACGGCGGAAGGGGAUAGCGCCUUUCGUAAGUCGCCAACAGCAAGGAGCGAGCAGCCCAAGACCCCUGAAGCAGGCAAUGAGGUGCCCAAAACCCUUCCCAGAGCACGAACUGAGCUGGGGCUGAUGGCCCCAAGGGGGCAAAGGGAGCUGUUCAAGACCGCCAAAGCUGCCGUUGGUGCUGGUGGUGGUAGUGGUGCUGUUGGUGGCACUGCUGGUGCUGCCGGUGCUGCUGGUGGCGCUGCUGGUGCUGCUGCUGGUGCUAGUGGUGCUGUUACUGCUUCAAGUCCACGGGACGCAAUGGAUGAAGCUGCUGACGGCAGCAAUGCGUCAUCAACGCUGACAGCGGGUGGCGGCGGCGGUGGUGGUGGUGGUGGUGGUGGUGAGAGAAGCGGCAGGAAGAGCAGGAUGAUGAAGGCAGUGCUGAAGCUGUUUGGGAAGAGCCGGGGGAAAGGCCAGAGCCAGAGCCAGAGGCAGAGUGAGAGGCAGAGCCAGGGCGAGAACAAGAACAGCACGCAGGGAGCACCUGCAGAUGCUCCAGCUAGCCAGAUCACCCCUUCACUGAAUUCCCGUUCCCUUAAGGGGCUGGAUGUUGCUGGGUCUGCUUUUGGGGGCUCGUUUUGCUCUCUGGCUGCUGCCGCUGUUGUUGAUGCUGCUGGUGGUGCUGCUUCUGGUGCUGCUUCUGGUGCUGGUGCUGGUGCUGGUGCUGGUGCUGUUGUUGAUGCUGCUGGUGGUGCUGCUUCUGGUGCUGGUGCUGGUGCUGGUGCUGGUGCUGGUGCUGGUGCUGGUGCUGGUGCUGCUUCUGGUGCUGGUGCUGGUGCUGGUGCUGGUGCUGGUGCUGGUGCUGGUGCUGCUUCUGGUGCUGGUGAUGAUGCUGAAUCUGUUGGUGACCUUGACGCUGAUGCAGGAGAGACACUCUUCGACCUCCCAUACUCAUCCAAUGGUCACCACCAUGACGAGUUUUACGCUGACUUCACGAUGCCUCUUUCCGAAAGCCCCACAUCUCUUUACGGCAACACUAACAGCAGCACGGACGUGUUGACUCGCUUCAAGCGUGCUCUCUCUGACAAGACCGAGCGACCCCUGCCUCUUUUUGAGGACGUUCUUUAUCCGGGCAGCAGUCCACGCCUUCCUGACAGCAGCACUGAUGUGUUGGCCCGCUUCAAACGCGCUCUCUCUGACAACACUGAGCGGCCCCGGCACGACUCCCCACAGCACAGCCCAUACGCUGCUGCUGCGGCAUCGUCCUAUGCAGCCUCCUCUCAGCAUUCAACGCACACUGCCUCUCCACCUCCAAACUCAGAUGUGUAUGGUAUCCCCGUGCACACUACUCCCGUGUACCUAUGGUACAGGAGCUGCCGGGUCUGGUGGUGUUGA